AUGGAUUGUGCACCUCCACUCACUCCGUCCCUCUUUUUGCUGCUUAUUGUGAUAUCGAGCAAAGCAUCAGCCAUCAAUCUUGAGGGGGAGCUUUUCAAGGAUCUCAUGAAGGGAUACAACAAAAAUGUCCGACCCAUGGAGAAGAAUGGUGACAUCACUCAGGUCUACAUCAAGAUGACGCUCACCAACCUCAUCUCUCUGAAUGAAAAGGAGGAGGCCCUGAUGACCAGCGUCUGGAUAGAAAUGCAAUGGUGUGACUACAGGCUGAGAUGGGACCAGCCACCCAGAUCAGAUUUGUAUGGGAACAUCACCUCCGAGCUCCGUGUCCCUUCCAAGAGCAUCUGGCUACCUGAUAUCAUACUGGAAAACAAUGUGGACGGACAGUUUGAGGUAGCGCUUUACUGCAAUGCCUUGGUGUCUCCUAACGGCUGUGUGUACUGGCUGCCUCCUGCCAUCUACCGCAGCGCCUGUGCCAUCACUGUCAACUACUUCCCCUUCGACUGGCAGAACUGCACCAUGGUGUUUCGCUCCCAGACGUAUAGCGCCAAUGAGAUUGAGCUGGUUCUCAAAGAGGAGGACAACCAGACGCUGGAGUGGGUGGACAUUGACCCAGAGGCUUUCACAGAGAAUGGAGAGUGGGUGAUCAAACACCGGCCGGCCAAGAAGGUGAUCAACAGUCAGUACACCAGAGAUGAGCUGGAGUACCAGGAGGUGGUUUUCUUUCUCAUCAUCCAGAGGAAGCCCCUCUUCUACAUCAUCAACAUCAUCGCUCCCUGCGUGCUCUUCUCCUCCCUGGGCCUGCUCGUCUACUUCCUGCCUGCCAAAGCUGGUGGUCAGAAGUGCACCAUGUCCAUUGCGACUCUCUUGGGCCAGACUGUGUUCCUCCUCCUUAUCGCCAAAAAAGUUCCGGAGACUUCCAAGGCAGUGCCUCUUAUUGGAAAGUAUCUGAUGUUUGUGAUGUCAGUGACCACCAUGGUAGUGAUGAACUGUGUGAUCGUUCUCAACGUGUCCCUGAGAACCCCAAGCACUCACAAGAUGACAGACAAAGUCCGGAAGAUCCUUCUGAACAUCCUGCCUCGCAUGCUGAGGAUGCAGAUGCGGCCCUGGACGCCAAAUGACGAGAACACCUUACAAACAAGUAACAGCGGAGCUCACAGGAACGGCGUCUUCAUGGUGCCCUGCAGACGCCGCAGCUCCAUGAAGCUCAUUGACAAGGCAGAGGAAUACUUUAUGAAAACAGCUCGGUCUGAACUCAUGUUUACCAGACUCAAAGAGAGAAACGGGUUGAUGAAAUCAGUAUUAGAAAAGCUACAUGAUGGACUGGAGGGAGGUACGGCAGAGCAGCUUGAAGUUAGUUUGGCGAAGGCCUCUCCAGAGCUGAAGCAGUGUGUGGAGUCCUGCAAACACAUUGCUGAAACUGCGCGUCAGCAGAACAACUUCCAGAGUGAGAAUGAAGAGUGGUUCCUGGUUGCCCGGGUGAUUGACAGGGUGUGCUUCAUCGUCAUGGCGUUGGUGUUUUUCAUCGGCACCAUCGGGAUUUUCCUCAUGGGCCAUUUCAACCAGCCUCCCUCCACACCUUUUCUUGGGGAUCCCAGGAGGUACUUGCCUCCGGUGGAGAAUCUCACCAGCCCAAGUGAGAACGGGAUGGGAGCAGACUUCUUGGGGUGA